AUGGACCUGUUACGGAUCAACUACGCCCCUUCACCCCAGGAGCUCCCAAGCGCUCGACCCAAAUCGCUCCACGGCACGAUCUGCGCCGAUCUCGAAGCGCUCUGGCAUAUCUCGUACCUCGCAGCACGCGCGCUGCAACUUCGCCAACAGCAUCCCAUGGGCGGCGAUGUCGUCUUCCCGUGGCUCGUUGAACAUUCUCAACUAUGGAGGAAGCCUUUUCUCCACAACGUGUGCCCGCAUGUCGCCGGUGCCGGCUCCUCCAUGCUAUCUCGGAGUUACAUGUGA